GUUGCUGGCCGAUCAAGCAAACACGGGAGGUAUUCGAUAUUUUGCAUGGGCACGCCGGCAUUCCAGUCCCAACUCAACUCCAGCCAACAACGCACUCGAUGCAACGGCCGAGCGGGGCUGUUGUGCGCACUCUCUCGCGCUGACUCAGGAACCUGAUUGACUUUUUGUCGCGUGGAGAAUCUCUCCCAGCCACGAAGUGGGACCACUGGCACUCUGCCAUCGAAAUAUUCGUAUGAGGGCUCUUAUCUGAGCGAUCGUGCCCCCAUUUUUUGUUCUUUCUCUCUGUGCAGACCUCAAUUCAAGACGUCUAGAACGAUCAAUCGGGGGUACUAUCGUGUGGCGUUUGUUCAGAUGACCUUUCUUGGACCCGCAGGCUCCUAAACAGUGGGAGCGAGAAUGUCGUUUCUAAGCUGCACUUUCCCAUCCGCUAAGACAUCUCUCCCUCUCGAGCGGGCCGUCAUUACCUCAGGGAAACCCCGGAAAUCACUUUCCUGCGCUGUCGGCCGUCCAGGAGAUUCUGCGUCGCUCAAGCAUGAUGCUUUUCGUUCACGCCUGAUCACCACUCGGUGAUGUCGAACGACGUUCCAGUACGCGAUGACGAAUAACGAACCGGCAUGCCAAACGGCUCACGGCGGUCCGCACCAGUCAAUCAACGCCUCAUGGGUCCGCGAGCAUCAGAACGGGUGGUGAUUUUGCUUUGCGCAGCUUCUCAUACCAAUCACGAUCGUGCGCUUUGUACGUGCGCUUUGUACUCGUACUCGAUGUAUCGAAUGGUAGUACGUCGAGAAUGUAAUGAGGACGUCCAAUCGUCCGGUUGGCCCCA